GCGCGGGGCAGGAGGAGGCGGCUGCACCCGUUGCCUCUCUCUUCUACAGGGCUAAUGAGAGGGAAGCAGGCGGUGUGACUUGUAUGCACCACGUAUUCACAUGAGCGGAGUGAGGAGAGCCAGCAGCAAAGAUGAAAAGCAACUGGAAAAUUACAGCUUUCUUUUGCAUGUGUAGUUUUCUGUGGUCUUUCAUCUCAGCCACGAUCCAGCAACAAUCAAGACUACCAGCCAUUCUGGGUGCCAGUCAGAGAACAGAUCUCUGCCCAACAAUCAGGAUUGGUCAAGACGACUUACCAGGCUUUGACCUGAUUUCUCAGUUCCAAAUAGAAAAAGCUGCUUCCCAAGGAAUUAUACAGAGAGUAGUGGGCUCCACUUCUUUACAAGUGGCUUAUAAAUUGGGACCCAAUGGAGACUUCAGGAUCCCAACCAGUGCCAUAUAUUCCAAUGGACUUCCCGAUGAAUAUUCCUUUCUAACUACUUUUCGGAUGACUGGCGCCACACUUCAGAAAUACUGGACUAUUUGGCAAAUUCAGGAUUCUUCAGGAAAAGAACAAGUGGCAGUGAAUCUUAAUGGUCAAAUGAAAAGUGUUGAGUUUUCUUAUAAAGGAGUGGAUGGACAUCUCCAAACUGCGUCAUUUUUGCAUUUGCCUUUCUUGUUUGACUCCCAGUGGCACAAGCUUAUGAUAAGUGUGGAAGCAAACAGUGUCACGCUUUUUAUUGACUGUAUUAAAAUAGAAACCUUAAACAUAAAACCAAAAGGGAAAAUCAGCAUUGAUGGCGUUGCUGUGCUUGGAAAACUUAAAAAUAAUCCUCAAAUUUCUGUUCCGUUCGAAAUCCAGUGGAUGGUGAUUCACUGCGACCCACUGCGACCCCAGCGUGAAGGCUGUGGUGAACUGCCAGCCCGGAUAAGCCAGACGGUAAUCGAGAGAGGUCUCCCUGGUCCACCAGGCCCCCCAGGUCCGCCCGGGCCGCCAGGAGUUCCCGGUAUUGAUGGCAUUGAUGGUGAGAGAGGUCCGAACGGCCCCCCCGGUCCUCCAGGUCCAGAUGGGGAUGCAGGCAAACCAGGAUCCCCUGGCCUGCCUGGAGAGCCAGGAGCUGAUGGAUUCACAGGACCUGAUGGCUCACGUGGAGCCACAGGGCCAAAGGGACAGAAGGGUGAGCCAGGACUGCCAGGUGCUCGUGGACUUCCAGGCAAGGGGCUCCUUGGACCACCUGGUCCAGCUGGGGCAGCAGGACUUCCUGGAGAAGUAGGUCGUUCUGGUCCACCUGGAGAUCCAGGAAAAAGGGGGCCACCAGGGCCACCAGGACCACCAGGUCCUCGGGGAACAAUUGGCCUGCAAGACGGUGACCUGUUGUGUCCCAAUGCAUGUCCACCUGGCCGCCCAGGACAUGCUGGCUUAAUGGGAAUGAAGGGACAGAAAGGUUCAAAAGGAGAGUCUGGUGAACCAGGAAAACAAGGUUAUAAGGGUGAAGAAGGGGACCAAGGACCCAGUGGUGAAGUGGGAGCUCAAGGCCUUCCAGGCAUCCUAGGUGUCCGAGGUAUAACUGGUAUAAUGGGACCUAAAGGUACCAAAGGAGCUCGUGGGCUUGAUGGUGAGCCUGGACCCCAAGGUCUUCCUGGUGCACCUGGAGAUCAAGGACAGAGAGGUUUACUAGGAGAGGCAGGUCCGAAGGGAGAAAGGGGUCCUCAAGGUACAAGAGGAAUAAAUGGUCUCCCUGGGCCAAAAGGAGAGCCUGGCUUACCAGGAGUCGAUGGCCGGGAAGGGAUCCCUGGAAUGCCUGGAGCAAAAGGUGAACCAGGAAAACCUGGAGCUCCAGGUGAUGCAGGGCUUCAGGGACUGCCAGGUUUACCAGGCUCUCCAGGUGUGAAAGGCAUUCCUGGCCCAAAGGGAAAUAGAGGUCCUCCUGGGGUGCCAGGUUUGAUGGGAAAUUCUGGUAAACAGGGUGAACGGGGCCCAGAGGGAGAAGUGGGUCCAACAGGACCUCGUGGACCACCAGGUAGCAGAGGGGAGCCAGGUCCUGCAGGUCCUCCAGGUUUACCAGGGAAAUGGGGUCCCCAGGGUGAUAUUGGACUUCCUGGACUGCCAGGUCCUCCAGGCCUACCUGGUAGUAAGGGUGACCGGGGUUCGGUGGGUGAACCGGGACCUAAGGGUGAACAAGGUGCACCUGGAGCAGAAGGAGAUGGAGGAGAAAAGGGUGACUUAGGUGAUAUGGGACUACCAGGAGCAAAGGGAGCUGUUGGUAAUCCUGGAGACCCUGGUUCCCGUGGGCCUGAGGGAAGUCGGGGACUGCCGGGCAUGGAAGGGCCACGAGGCUCACCUGGACCACGAGGCUUGCAGGGUGAACAGGGUGCCCCAGGUCUGCCUGGCAGCCAAGGUCCAGCUGGAAAAGAACCAACUGAUCAGCACAUUAAGCAGGUUUGCAUGAGAGUUAUGCAAGAACAACUGGCUCAGCUGGCAGCCAGUCUUAGGAGGCCAGAAUUUGGUGCUCCAGGUCUUCCUGGCCGACCGGGGCCACCAGGUGCUCCAGGCCCUGCUGGUGAAAAUGGCUUCCCAGGACAGCUUGGGCCCCGUGGCUUGCCUGGCCUUAAAGGCCCCCCCGGUGAGAUUGGUCGUAAAGGUCCUAAAGGUGAACCAGGAGAAAGAGGAGAAAGAGGAUUUCCAGGCAGAGGACUGAAGGGUUACCCUGGACCAAGAGGUCUUCCAGGUGAACCAGGCAAAGCCAGUUACGGCAGGGAAGGCCGCGAUGGUGAACGAGGUCCCCCUGGGAUGGCUGGUCAGCCUGGGGUUCCUGGCCCUCCUGGGCCUCCUGGCCCUCCUGGGUACUGCGAGCCCUCAUCUUGCAGAGUGCAGGCUGGACAGAGAGCUGGGAAGAACAUGAAAGGGCCGUGAAUGGGCACCACAAGUGCCACGAAGUGUCAGCAUCAAUUUACUUCCUGCACAGACAGCUGAGGAAAAAGAAAUACAAACAAGGAGACACCUUUCAACCAAGGUUUUGGUAAAGCGUUUUUAACACAGUGUUGUACAUGCUUUCUAAAGAUGUACUUAGCAACACAAGCUGGAACAAUGGUGCUUACAGAAAUACACAGGUGAUGCCUUCUGGCUCUUUCUCCUUUUUGAGGAAGGGGGCGGGGGGGUGGGGGAAGGCACUUGUCUCUUUUUAUGUUUACUUUUUUUUAAUAAAGAGUCUCUGUGAUUUCUCCUCCUCCCCUGCUUAAUUCCUAUGUAUGAUGUACAGUGAAAUAACGUGUCUUCAGCCAUCAAAUAAAAAAGGAAGAGUUUAUUUACGUCAGUUGUAGCUAUUCUUUUACGCUUGUAAAGUAAAUUCCAGGGCACUCCUGAGCAAAUCACACUUCAUACACAGUCUUUUCAUUGUAUGUACGUCCUGUACAGGAUAUGCUAUGCCUCCUUCAGCUCUUCAGUUGCAGAACCACAGUUGGGAGGCUGUUCUUAUGAAAACCUGCCACCCCUGAUGCCUUUUAUGCUGUAAAUCUCUGUACAGGUAUGAUCCCCGGGUUCUAAUGAAUAAGCCAUGUGGAAUAACCUCUUCACCUUCCACUCCAAUUUGUGUUGCAUUCAUAGUUUCGUACAAAGCCUAUUCCAGCUUGCCUCCUUCUAUGUGAAAUUAAAAUAAAAGGCUAGUAGCCACUGUCAAGGGAAUUUUAAGUCCCAGAAAUACAGAAGUUUUAUAGUAGAGAUUACAGAUCUUGAAGUAAUGUCUGUGGUUAUACAAAACCCAAUAAAUGUUUUAACUCCCUAUAUGCUUUUGUAUGUAUGGUUACAUUCAAUACCAGUAAAACAGAACAGCUAGAAGACAGCCAUUAGACAUCCCAAGUUGUCUUUUAUAGAUAAAGUCAAUUUUUAGAGGAAAAUGUGCAAUGUGGAUAUUUUGUUUCUCUCUGUAUAAAUUAAACUAUUUGUGGUUUUGACUUUACCUUCUCUGAAGUGUAUUCUCUCUCUAAGACAACAAUGAAACCAUCCUGUGAUGUUUCCUUUCAUUUUGCUAUUAGUCAUCCAAGUUUUCAAACACAAACUUUGGCACGCCUGCUUUAAGCAUCGAGUUUUCCCCUAGCCCUCAGUUGUCUGCUUAUGUUCAAAAUAGUUGACUUGCAUGCCAUGUGAGAAUAUAAAAGAAAUAACAGGAUUAGUUGAGCUAUGCAUUUUACAUGUAAUGUACAAGACAACACUAAAGGGAAAGGUACUGGUAUAAUACAUGCUUUAAAAGGAAUUAUCGAAAGAAGUAAUAGAUAAGCCUUCCUGAAACUAAACCUGAUGCUCUACCUGCACCCAAAGAGCUACUUCUCUAGCACCUCCUGUGUUGACAGAAAAUGCCUAAAUAGAGAUCACUUGGGAGAAAAAUGUCUGAUAAAGCUGCCUGCUAAAAGAAAGUAUAUUUGCACAUUUAUUAGAAACUUUUGAGAAUGAGUUAAAUGGAUUAAUCUUGGUAAUCUUUUUAUACCCCUUGCACAGUCCAGUAUUUUAAAUGAUAAAAUACAAAAGGUGGAAUCUUUACAAAUUAAGUUUUAUCUUACAGGUGCCUACCGCUCUCUUGAUUGGUUCCACAGAAGCAGCACUGGGUGAGAUAUCAGGGAAAAGAUGGAGGAAUAAAACAGGCAUAAAGAAAUGUGCCAUCCUGCCCAGAGAUGCUGGGCACAGCUCGAGACAGAAUGGUUUUUCUGCACCUCCAGUUUGGCUGAACUCUUGUAACCGACAUCCCCUACGUUAAUAUUACAAGAAGCCAUCAGAAUAGAUGAGUGCAAAGGAUUUCACUCAAACAAAUCCAGACAACUGCAUACAAGGUGAUUAGCUUGUUCACAUAAUAUAUAUAUAUAUAUAUAUAAAGCUGAUCUCUAAAGUUUUAGAAUUAGGUCAGUUAGUUUACUGACAGCAAACAAAAAGUUAGUGGUAAUGACAAAGUGUAGUUUCACCAGCAAACUUUUAUUUUGACUAUAAAGUGUGUAAAAGUGUUAAAAAGAAAAAAACCCUGAUAACAGAAAGAAAAUAUUAUUUUCCAUAGGUAAUGCAUAAACGUAAUGAAUCAAAAGAAGCAAACCCCCCCCGACGUUCAAAUACAAAUGUGAAGUGCUUUAAAAAAUACAGUCUGAAAAAUGCAUAAAGUUUCACAAUGGAAAGGAACUCAUGUAGGAGAGAAAACAUUCAUAUGUAAAAACCAAAUAAGAAUUAUUACAAUCAAACAAAUUCAACACUGAGGGUCAAUUCAAUGCAGAAUCUAUAUAAGUGGAUAGUUUAAAUUGUGACAGAUCUUCUGCCAUCAAGCUGACUUGAGACUUUUAACUUAAAAUACAGAACCGAAGAAGAAAUCCUCAGGCUCAUUGUAAGUCAUUAUGGGACAUAUUGGUUAAUCUAAGUAUUUACCAAUUCCAAAUCUUGUGCAAGAGUGGAAAAAAUUUUAUCUGAAGAAGUGCAGACCAUACACCAAAAAAUAUCAAGAAUGACGUUUUUAGCAACAACACAUUCAAGUGAAGAUUUGGAAAAUAAAGACAGGAUUAUGAAUUUAAAAGGAAGGUGUAUCAACUAUGGUGAUACAGAAAAAAAUAGUGCUAGUUUAAAUAAAUAUAUUUAGAAGGCACAAAGCAAAGAGACUGAGAGGCUUCACAACCCAUGGGCAGCGUGCCGCCCAUUCUGACCAGAUGCUCCUGGAAUCCCAGUGAAGUCCCAAGUAAAUCUUGUUCUCAUCUCUUUCUGGUUCAACAUCAUAAAAUGCUAUAAGAUUUUUUUUUUUAAUAAAAGACUAUUUAUUGAAAAGAUUUUUGAAUAAAAAUCACUUUUACCCAUCAGGAUCUCUGUCACCACUCCUAGUUCUGGAGUUUUAAUUGCACCAUGAUAAAUACAUGUUUUAGCUCCUCAGUUACUUAGGCAUAGGCAGGACCAAGAGAAAAAUGUUUUAAUAACUGUCCUCAAAACGACAACCAGUUCAUAGAAUCGUUUAGGUUGGAAAAGACUUAAGAUCACCGAGUCCAACUGCUAACCUAACACUGCCAACUCCACCACUGAACCAUGUCCCUAAGCACCACACCUACACGUCUUUUAAAUACCUCCAGGGAAGGUGACUCAACUGGGCAUGGGAAGCUAUCACGGAUGGCUUCCCUGGGCAGCCUCUUCCAGUGCUUGACAGCCCUUUCAGUCAAGAGAUUUUUCCUAAUAUCCAACCUAAAAAUCCCCCGACGCAACUUGAGGCCAUUUCCUCUUGCCCGAUUGCUUGCUACCUGGGAGAAGAGACUGACACCCACCUGCCUACAGCCUCCUGUCAGGUAGCUGUGGAGAGCAAUGAAGACCCCUUUGAAUCUCCUCCAGGCUAAACGACCCCAGUUCCCUCAGCCGCUCCUCAUAACAUUUGUGCUCCAGACUUCACCAGCUCAUUGAUAAAGAUACUGAACAGAGCUGGCCCCACGCUGAGCCCUGGGGAACACCACUUGUGACCAGCCGCCAUCUGGAUGUAACUCCACCACUACUCUGGGCUUGGCCAGCCAGCCAGCUUCUUACCCAGCAAAGAGCACACCCAUCCAAGCCUUGAGCACCAGUUUCUCCAGGUAAAUGCUGUGGGUGAUGGUGUCAAAGGCUUUGCUAAGGUCCAGGUAGACAACACCAACAGCCUUUCCCAUCCUCUAGGUGGGUCACCUUGUCAUAGAAGGAGAUCAGGUGAGUCAGGCAGGACCUGCCUCUCACAAACCCCUGCUGGCUGGGGCUGGUCACCUGGCUGUCUUGGAUGUGCCAUGUGACGACACUCCAGGUGAUCUGCUCCAUAACCUGCCCUGGCACCAAGGCCAGGCUGACAGACCUGUAGUUCCCUGGAUCUUCCUUCUGGUCCUUCUUGUAGACGGGCGGCGCAUUUGCCAACUUCCAGUCAACUGGGACCUCCCCAGGUAGCCAGGACUGCUGACAAAUGAUGGAGAGCGGCUUGGUGAGCACCUCCCCCAGCGCCCUCAGUACACUGAGCGACACAAUCCGAUCUGAUUUUUUAAAAUGGUGACUGCAGUGCUUUCCCUACUAGGCUAGUAAUAAGUAUUAGUAACACUGCUGCUGAAUACUGCAGUAAGAAAAAUACAUAUGUUCUACAUCUAUGCAUUACAUCUAUAGAGAGAGUUUAUAUAUAAGCUUUUCAUCACAGCCAUCACUGGGUUCAAGCAAUCUAGUAUGAACUGCUGCCAAAAACCCCUCUUGUGAAUGUUUCACAAAGGCCAAAGUGUCUUUGUAGCCAAAGGAGCUCUACAGCACAAUUUGGAAGUCCUAAAUGAGGCAAGAAAGCAAGGCUAGGGAGGGUUACGCUAGAUUUUACCCAGAGCCAAACACCAAUCUACACCAAAUUUCUUCUUCCUUCAAAAGGGGAAAGUGUCAAGACAUGGUACUUUCAAGGUUACCUGAAAGACCGAGUGAACAAGAAACCUCAGUUUCUGAGACAGCAGUGUUGGUUCCUCCUAGCAGAGCACGACAGUUGCGCUUCAUGUACAAAUGCUUCAUGUACACGCCGCAUUUUUGCAAAUGUUUUUGAAUUGCUCAGAUCAUUGGGUGAAGUGUGUUUGCUUGACUUGCUCAUCACUGUAUUACUAUUUGGCCGCGUAGCCUCUGCUUCCUUUAUACUUAAAAUACAGUCACUGCAUCUCUUCUGCUCAUGGGCCAGAGGUAAAGCAGAAAGGUCUCAGUUUUGCAGGCCAUGUUCCUCCCAUCUGCUUUGUUACAGCUUCAGUUUUAUUCCUCUUCCCUCAAACCAUUGUUUUACUGUUCUGUUUUGCCUGUGGCACAUGCAUUCAAAGGGACUAGUAAAAACUGUGGCAGCUUUAGACAAUACAUGAAGCAAGCUUGCUGAAGCCACUAUAAAAUUUGAAGAAAGAUGAUCAAGUGAUCACCUAACAACCUUUAAAAUGCCAUUGACAUGAGAGUUCUCUUUUUUUUUUUUUCUCCUGGGAGAGUUAGGCAGCAAGAGAACAAUGAAAGUACCUAGUUACCCGAAGUGAAAUAGUUCAGUAAAUUGUUUCUUGAAUAAAAGUGAUUACCUCAUAUUCAGGUGGGAAAGUUACCUGCAUCUGAUUCAGAGAAUACAAUAACUUCCAUAAAUAUUAUAUAUAUAGAUAGAUAGAUUAAGGACAAGGUUUUUGACUUCUUUUCUCCCCUCCAGACUGUAGAGCCCUAAGUUUCACCAGCCUGCAGGAAGCACAACCCUGACGCUGGUGUGGUCAACGCCUUCCCCCGAAUUCAGCCGCCCCAGGAUGGCAGCCCGGUGCCAAACACUCCCCAGGGCUCGCUGCCAUGGCUUUGUGCCUCUCCUCUCUCUCAUUUGCAAUUGCAUCCUCCCUCACAUGAUUUGACAUGGAAGGAAAGGUUGUCAUCUCUGACAGCGCCACAAACAGAAAGAAUGUGAAACAUUUCCAUCUGGAAUCCUAUUUCAUAAACACAAAAAGCAAUUUUCUAUCCACUUAAUACAUUUCCAUUGAACCGAACCUUAAAUGUUGCAAACCAAAAAUAUAUUGAAGAAGCCGUACUGUAAUUCAUUCAGUGACAGCUGCGUAUCAUUCAGAAACGAAAGAAAACAAUAAAAUAAGGUAUGUCAUUGAAAAUCCUUCAAAUAUACUGACUGGAGACAGAAUAUAUUUACAUUGAAACUGCAGUAAAUAAUUAAAAGCAUUUGUGUUUAUAGAACAGCAGACUCGGAGAUAAAACUGCUAAAAGACAUGUAGACUACAUGCUUUUUAGCUAUAAACUUAUUUUGGUCUAGAAUCUGUAACAUUUGUUAGCAAUUAACAUUUCUUUAAGGUUUCAUGAAGCUUGAGUUUUCCACUUAAACACCCACCAAGGCAAGGUCACGGUUAAAAUUGUUCUCUGUGGCCUACACCCACUUAAGUGCAUGGAGAUGGAUUUAAGCACCCAUCCAGUACAGUCUAGUUGUAGUGGGCAUUACAGAUUUCACAGAAAAAUUGUGUGUCUUGGCACAUCCAAAAUCUAACAAAACACGAUAUAAAAAAACGCAAAUCAAAAAUUUUUUGAUUCCUGAGAUACUUCUCAUGUUCUAACAUGUCACAUUAGAGCAGUGGUUCUACUGCAUCGGCAAAAUGUAAGCUUAGGGGCUGGCUUUACUUAGUAUAUUUGGAGAAAACAAGUUUAUAAAACACUAGUUUAGUCCAUGGGGUUUUUACAAGACUUUCAUGUAAACAUUACAGAAAAAGAAGAAAAAAAAUUGAGUGUACGCUGACAAGAAAAAUAGUGUUUUACCCUUGUGAAAAACAAGCAGCGCCAAAAUAUUUUGUGUGAUUAUCCAUUAAUUUAAAAAAUACGCUUAUUUAAUAAAGCUGUGCAUAUCUAACAUUUGUCAUAAGCCACAAUCAUAAAGCACGAAGGAUGGAUGAUACAGUCAAUCCUGUUUUCAUAUCAUAGCGCUCUUCUGGCACUGAAACCAAAUCCAGUUUAAGACAGAACUAUUGGUUCUUAAAACGUUACUAGGCUGCACUGCUACUCGGUCAUACAGAGUAUGCUGUUGUGAUUUUUAUUAACCGUAGCAGACUCCCUGCUCCCCGAGAGACAAACAUCACUACAAUGGACAUAAACGAUGCCUAAAAGCGGGAUGUCCCACUACUGCAUGUUCUUCUGUAACGUGUAUAUAAAAAUCACAAACAAAAUCUAAUCAAUAUCACCUGAAAAUAAUUACCCAAGAAAAGCAGUAUUUCUGCAAAUACUACCAUGCGAAACUAAAUGGAUUUCAGUAAAAACAAAACCAAACCAAAACCAUCUGGCUCAACAACAAAAUCAGAGACACUGCCGUGAGUCUACGCAGCACCGGGUCAUUUCUUACAAAUUUAAGCCUGGGCUUUAACCUUUGUACUGAAAUGUGUUUUGAACCCCACCGUGUGGACAAAAGGAGGUACGCUGCAGCAUCAGAAACGUUUCCCUCUUACAAGUUUAUUACUUUAGACAAACUGAGUAGUUCUGUACGUAACUAUUUGAAGAAAAUCCCAACACAUCCUUAAUAGCUGAUAAAGCAAUCUCGCCAUUAAAUACAAUAGUCUGAUCCUGAACUAGAACAAAGUUUAGAGAGCUUUUAAGAAAGGUUUAAAACACUUUGUCGAAGAUAUUUCAGUUCGAAGCCCUGUUGUAUGUAAACAUUCCCAAAUCAGAAAAAGACCUUAUGCAACUGGAAAAAAUAAACCUCCUUGUUUAAUUCCUUGCAAUGCUUACUACACCACAGACUGUUCAAAACAGAUACAAAACUGAUAAAGCAAAUUGCAAAACAGACUAGCACCCCUGUGCCCUCCUCUUCCCAACAACUAAGACAACAUCAGUCUGAAACCAUAAAGAAAUUUCAGGAGGCAAAUAGGAAAACCAUGCAGAAGCAUGUUUCCAGCUACAUUUUGCUUUCAAUUGUAAAAAUAUAGAGUAGGAGAAAACCAGCGUGAAGUAAAUGGUAAAUGUAAGCUGAGAUUAAUGCUGUUCUAUCCCAGUGAAGAACACGGCAUCUUUAAAAAGGUAUCGAGAUAGCCCAUAUGAAAAAAAUACCUGUUUUCUCAUGUGAGAAAAUUAAAGCGGGCUUUUAGCAAAAUAAAAAAUAAUGCAACAAGAUAAUUACCAAAGUUACCUGCAAAUCAAUUGAAAGUGUUCAAACACAUUUUAAAAAGACCUUUAGAUUUGAGCCUAUAAAAAGAAAAAGGCAUCUGUAGGAAACAUAGCUGAAAAAAUAAAACUUCUUCAAAUAUAAAAAGUGUUCUGCUUUCUAACAAGUUCAAGUAAAUUAACAUACAGCAACUGCAUCUGGCAAGUAACAGACGCUCGGUUCCAGCUAGCUAAAAGCCCCAAAAUAUACACAUACCACUGACGCGGCGCAACAGCCCGUGCACAGCCUUCCAGGACGGGGCCGCGUCGAAACUUCUGUCACGUGGAUACUCCUUACAAGACAGCACCCUUUUUGAUAUUAUCACAGAAAACGAAGUUUAAAAUUAACUUAUGAAGUAAAAAAAAAAAAAAAAAAAAAAAAAAAAUUAUAGAUUUUUACAUAUAUUGGAAUUACUAGAGAAGUAAAAAGAAAUCGAUGAAAAAAUGUUCAUGCAAGAUACCUGACCAGCAGUUCAGUUGACUGAAUGGAAAAGAGUAGGGGGCCUGUUCCCCUGCCGGUGUAUAGACACCGAUGUAUACGUUGGUGCAGGGCCCCUGCCUUGCCUUGCCGGGCUGGCAGACCGUGGCCCGGGCAGCCGCAGGUGCUCCAGGACAGACAAGUCGCUUUUGAGCCGCCUCACCCGUUCGCAGCGUUGGCCCAGCCGCGGCACCACACACCUGAGGGCCAGAUCCGAAGGUGGUCACCGUCACAGAGCACACCGCAACGCGCUGCAAGGGCACAGGAGAUCUGGAGCGAGCGCGGCGCGCUUUGAGCUAAGCACGGGCAGGACCACUUGCUCCAAAGGCACGUUUGCCCCAGCGGGAUGGGUGCCCACCACUCGCAGAAUGUGCUGGCCUAGGGAAGGGGCAGUCAUUGCCUCCCGAGGGACAGCGAAGGGUGAGCAGAAAAUGAGGCAUGAGGACUGCGGUUCACCUGUGGGCUUUGAGCUCUCCGUCCCCAUCCUCACGAGGGAUGGACAAAGCAUCCUGACCUCGCCAAGGGGCCCCAGCCGCAGUGCGCGCUACAGCUUGCACAUUCCCUUCAGGAGAUGGCUGCACGGUACAACACGUUUUCUGCUGUCCUUCUUCCUGCUGCCCUCUCCUGCCCCUGUUUACUCUCAACCUCAGACCCCUGUGUUUAACAUCUUUUUUUAACAUUUAAACAUCUUUCUUGUGGCAAGCGCCGCCAUCCCUCCGAACACCUGAUCACCAUGUGAGGUGGGUGUGCUUUCCCUUUCCACACGCGUGCCUGGAGGCUUGCCUGCCCUCCCCGCUGCCUGGGCUAGCUCUGUCACCUCUUGCACCCAUCUUGCUCCUCAGGUCCAGGCGCGAGUGCUAGCAACUCUAUUCAGAACAAAUGCCAAUGUGUUUCUUCUUUUUUUUUAAGACUCCCCCCAGUCAUUUUUUUAAGCAAAGCCCAGAAUUCAGCAGAUUCAUGUCCCUCAACAGCUUCUCUGGAACCCCAGCGUUCCAGUCUGGGUACGCUCCCCUGGCGGCUCCGUACUGCUCAGGCACGAGGUCACCAAAACCACUUCCCUGCCUGACGAGAGGAUGACUGGCUUCCAAACGACAGGGCAAGAGCCCUCGGCAGCGCUUUUGUAAUAGCGGUUCUGUUCUGAGGUUGUGGGUUACAGCUGUCCAUGUUCUUUCGAUAGCACCUUCACUUCCUAUUGCGCUGUAGCAAAUUCUGUAGAACUAAUCUAGAAUCAACUGCUUCCCAAUAACCAGGAGUGAAACUUUGGCCAGCCCUCCUCCCUCCUUUUCAGAAUCAGCCUGUGUGUGAUCGAUUUUCUCCAUCUUGUCUUUUGCUCAACCCUUUGAGCUCUAUAGGAUUUACAGUUUGUUUGUUCUUCACUGACAGUGUCUGGUUCUGUGAGAUUUACCGAAUAUCUGCAAACUGCACGCAUGCAGUCGUGCUCUCUGUAGUGCACCUUUCCAAGGAAGACUGCAUUUUUUUCUGAAUUUCUCUUGAACUCAAGUCAUUUUUUUGCAACCAGUUAUUAGGACCUGUGAGUUUAGCUUUCUACUGUUUCCAUGUUCUUCUCAAGCUUAUUUUGGCACAUGAUUAUUGCAGAAGGAAGAGGAAAACUGUGCCAUCAGUAAGAUUAGAGGCUUGUGAAGUUCCUUCUUUGACUGUCUCACUGUGUGCCCACAACCCUCUGCUUUAAACAAGGGGUCAUCUUUGCUCUAAGCAGACGUAAUGGCAGAGUAGCUUGAUUACAGGCAGUGAUACCACAUUUACUAAGUCCAUGUAAUGGUUAGAGCCAGCCACGUAACAGUUAGAGCCAGUUCUCAGCUGGGAACAUCAACACCACCUCCUAGCAGUUUAAUAUCUGGAGUAUAUGUAACCAUGACUAAACAAACAUACAAACCCUUAGUAGGGACAACGUCCAGUCAGCAGAGACGCUUCUCAGGGCUGCUGGUGAUUUUUCCAGUCAGUCUGAAGCUAAAUGUUGGAUGAGAUUAGAGAGAUCAUAAAUGCUUCUUCGUUUCCUUCUUUGACAUGUAGGAAGUGACUGAAAUGGUGGGUAGCGUUCGUGAUGCGUGACACAGACCCGGCUCAGGUGGUGUGCUGGAGCCUCCUCCAGGGACGUGAACGUUUAGUCUAAACAGAGUUCCCGGCGCUCCAGCUCACAUCCUGCAUUCGUCAUGAACAGGUAUGCUUAAAAACUUCAGAAACACAUUUCAUUUUUUCCAUUUAAACUUCACCACCAGCAAGAAAAAUAAAGCCAGCUUACAUACCGAGGCAUAGAAACUGUCUUAAGUUAUAAUAAAAUAUUUUGUUUGAAGAAAGAAGCUUAUGAAAAUUAUUUGGGCCUAUUUUCUCCUCUAAGCAAAAUAAAUAUGAGAAACUUAACACAUGGAAUGCACUCUGGAAAAUAUAUGUCAUCAUUUCAUAAUUACGACACUGCAAAUAACAUAGAGAAAGGCUCAGUUCCGUGCCUUAUAAAUUAUCUAUAUACCAUGCAGUGUCGAGGG